UCAGUUUUUCUUGGUACUCCACCGAUCCAACGUUUCCCUCCAUUUCUCCCAUCAAACAAACCUUUCCACUCUCCAUGGCCACUUUCACCCUCCCCCACCGGCACCCCAUUUCGCCAUUCCCCAACAUCACUACCUUUCCCCCAAUCAGGCUUAAUAGACCCAAUAUCCGCGUUCCUCACACAAAUGCCAUAGGUGGCGCGCAACAAGAUAGACAUACAGACACACCCCCACUGCACAAAACUGCCCCCCUCCCCCACCACCACAAAUACCCCCAUCUCAUUUCCGCCGCCGUGUCCCUCCACCAACUCAAACAAAUCCAUGCCCACCUCCUUAAACUUCACCUCCUCCACAACCACCUUUUCCAACUCCUCCUUUCUUCCAUUUCCUUCUCUUCUUCCACUUCAUACGCCUUCAAUAUCUUAUCCUCCCUGAAUUAUAUCCCUCCUACGCAACUCUCCAACAAGCUUCUUAAGCACGUCACGCGCUCAAUCAAUCCGCACAGUACACUUAUAUUUUUUCAGAAAAUGCGAGAAAAGGGCUUCCAAAUUGACAGGUUUACCUUCCCUACAUUGCUGAAGACAGCAUCAAAAGGUGGGGUGCAUUAUGAAGGAAAAAUGAUGCAUGGGUUGGCCUCGAAACUUGGGUUUGAUUCGGACCCAUUUGUGGAGACUGCUUUGGUAGGAUUUUAUGUAUCCUGUGGACAAAUUUCUGAGGCCCGUUUGGUGUUUGAUAAAAUGUCUUAUAAAGAUGUUGUGACUUGGAAUAUUAUAAUUGAUGGUUAUUGUCAAAUUGGGCUUUUUGAUGAUGUCUUCACACUGGUGGAAGAGAUGAAAAGCUCCAAUGUGGAACCAGAUGAGAGAGUUUUUACAGCUAUUCUUUCGGCAUGUGCUCGACUUAGAAAUUUGGAUGCAGGAAAAUUGGUCCACGGGUUCAUAUCUGAGAAUGACAUUGUGAACAACUCUUAUUUGCAGAGUGCUCUUAUUAGUCUGUAUUCACGUUGUGGUGCCAUGGAUGUCGCUCAGAGUCUGUAUGAAACAUUUACACAGAAGAAUCUGGUGGUCUCAACUGCCAUGGUCUCUGGAUAUUCGAAAAUUGGCAAUAUAAAAGCUGCUCGCUCUAUAUUCGAUCAAAUGGUCAAUAAGGACUUGGUCUCCUGGAGUGCAAUGAUCUCUGGUUAUGCAGAGAGUGAUAAGCCUCAAGAUGCUCUUAAUUUAUUUCUUGAAAUGAAGGAAUCUGGAAUUAAACCCGACCAAGUAACGAUUUUGAGUGUCAUAUCAGCCUGCUCUCAUCUUGGUGCUUUGGAUCAAGCAAAACAGCUCCAUAUGUUUGUUGAUGAGAAUGGGUUUGGAAAAGCUUUGCCUGUGAAUAAUGCCCUUAUUGAUAUGUAUGCCAAGUGUGGAAGUCUUGAAGGAGCAAAAGAUGUUUUUUUGGGGAUGCAUCGGAAAAAUGUGAUAUCAUGGACAAGCAUGAUCAAUGCUUUUGCCAUCCAUGGAGAUGUUGACAACGCACUGAACCUCUUUCAGCAGAUGAAAUGUGAAAAUGUUGAACCCAACUGGGUUACAUUUGUGGGUAUUCUAUAUGCGUGUAGCCAUGCAGGAUUAGUUGAAGAAGGGCAAAAAACCUUUGCUUCAAUGAUGGAUGAGUAUGGCAUCACACCAAAACUUGAACACUAUGGUUGCAUGGUGGACCUAUAUGGUCGUGCAAAUUGUCUUAGAGAUGCCCUAGUGUUGGUAGAGACUAUGCCUAUGGCACCAAAUGUUAUCAUCUGGGGAUCCUUGAUGGCUGCUUGCCGGAUACACAGUGAGUUGGAAUUAGGAGAAUUUGCUGCGAAACGUCUUCUUGAGUUAGAUCCUGACCAUGACGGGGCACUUGUCUUCUUAUCAAACCUGUAUGCUAGAGAAAGGAGAUGGGAAAAUGUUGGAGAGGUUAGAAAGUCUAUGAAACACAAAGGGAUAUCAAAAGAACGAGGAUGGAGUAAAAUUGAAAUGGAUGACGGAGUUCAUGAAUUUUUGACCGCAGACACAACUCACAAACAAGCUGAUGAAAUUUAUGCAAAGUUAAAUGAGGUGGUUUAUAAGUUGAAAGAUGAGGGCUAUGUCCCAGAUACAAGCUGCGUUUUGGUUGAUUUGGAUGAAGAUGAAAAGGAGGACUCGAUUCUUUGGCAUAGUGAGAAGUUAGCAUUCUGUUAUGCUCUAAUAAGAGGGAAAAAAGGGUCCUGCAUACGUAUAAUCAAGAACCUAAGGAUCUGCGAAGACUGUCACAAUUUUAUGAAGCUGGCAUCUAAGGCCUUCAAUAGGAAAAUUAUUAUAAGAGAUAGGAGUAGAUUUCACCACUGUAGAGAUGGUUCAUGUUCUUGUAAAGACUAUUGGUGAAAUUCAAGCAAUUGUCAACAGAUUUUUUGGCGA